GACGCAUACAAGAACCUUCUGAUCUGCUCGCAAUACUCUCUAGCAAUGAAGGCCGCCUUGCUUACUCUCUUCCUUUUCUUCGCCUUAGCAUCAGCCAACGGUGAUUACUUGCGUGACACUGAAGGCAACCCCAUCAGAAACGGUGGCUCAUACAACAUCCUCCCAGCACGGCAUGGAAACGGCGGCGGCCUCGACCUUGCUGCCACUGGCGGCGAAUCUUGCGCUGUUACCGUCGUUCAAGCCUUGUCAGAACAAUCCAACGGUGCGCCUACCAGGCUUUCUUCUCCUUACAGAGUCGCUUAUCUCUCCCCAAACCUUGAUGUGGACCUCACAGCCGUAGCACCACCAAAGUGCGCGGCGCAACCGGCGAGAUGGACGAUCGUCGGCCAACAAGAAGAGAAUAGGCAAGUGAAACUUGCGGGACAGCCAGACACCGUACGUGGUUCGUUUAGAAUUCAGACCCAUCGUGGUUUGACUUAUAAGAUUGUGUUCUGUGAGAGCGGUGAAGAGUCUUGCAGUGCUCUUGGGCUUUCCAACGACAAGAAAGGACACAGAAUUUUGUCUAUUAACGAUGAGAAUCCUUUAGUUGUCGUGUUUCGCAGGGCUCAAUCAUCCGCCGCAUGAAGGGUGGGCUGUACUGUGGAAAUGCCGAUGAAGCCACUGCGUGUUGCAGGCAGUUUAUAUAACUCCUUGCACGUAAUAAUAAAUAAAAUAUAUAAUGCUUCGUGUGCUUUC